CUACAGAUAAAGGUUCUCCACCACGAAGCGUCUCAGCCCCAGUGUCAGUUCAUGUGAAGAAAAUAGAAGAGAAUACUGUACGGUUCAGUUCGAACGACUUUAGGUUUUCGAUUGUGGAGAACCAAGUAUACACCACGCCUUUUGGAGCUGUAAAGGCUUCUCAUGACCCGAGCGUGUCAGUGCUCUACACGCUAAUCCAUGGUGGUGACUUCCUUAUUGAUCCUACCAGUGGAGAGUUGACUUGUAGCAGACCACAGGAUCGUGAGGCAGCACCAGACCAUAUCAUGAUUGUCCGUGCCAGAGAUGUGGCCACCAAUGCCUCGGACCUGGCUGAGAUAACAGUUACUAUUGACGACAUAAAUGACAACACGCCUAGAUUUCUGACAAUUCCUGCACAACAUGUGUUCAGUGUUCUGGAAAACACAAUGGACAAAUUUGUUGGAAGGAUUAGGGCCGAAGAUAGGGAUGCAGGUGAAAAUGGAGCAAUAACCUACAGCAUUGAGUCACAGACACCUCGUACACAUUUCUCGGUAAACCCUGGAACUGGAAGCAUUACUGUGUCGGGGGAUCUAGACAGAGAAAUGUUUAGCAACUACAGCUUAACCAUCAAGGCGACGGAUAAUGCAGACGUUCCCAGAACUGCAACAACACAGGCUACCAUCCACAUCAUGGACGUCAACGACAACCCCCCGACAUUCACCGAGACGUCAUAUGCAGUGGCAGUGAAGGAAGAUAGCGCCAUGUCCACACAGGUAAUCGAUGCUCAUGCUGUUGAUCACUGGACUCGUCAGUGA